UCCCGGCCCUCAGCGAGCACCUGGGCCGCCUCCGGUCACCGGGCGCCCCUCCUCCGGGCCUGAGUCACCGCGCCGGAGUCCCCACGCGAAGAUGCGGUGAGUGUGGCCGGGACGCCGCGGGCCCUGGGGCACAGCGUCCGGCUCUCGGCCGCCGAGUGGCGCCGCACGGAAAUUUGGGCCCGCACACCGCAGACCAGCUCCUUCUCGGCGGGCGGCAGCUGGUCGGAGCCACGCGUCCUCCGCCCGCCCUCCAUGGCGUUCAUCCGGAAGAAGCAGCAGGAGCAGCAGCUGCAGCUCUACUCCAAAGAGAGAUUUUCCUUGCUCCUGCUGAACUUGGAGGAAUACUACUUUGAACAGCACACAGCUCAUCACAUUCAGCAUAAGGGCAGUCAGAAUGAAAGGAGAAUCAGAGGCUCCUUAAAAAUAUGUUCAAAAUCAGUUAUUUUUGAACCAGAUGCAAUAUCCCAGCCCAUCAUUAAGAUUCCUUUGAGAGAUUGUAUGAAAAUAGGGAAACAUGGAGAAAAUGGAGCCAAUAAACACUUUGCAAAGGCAAAAUCUGGGGGGAUUUCACUCAUUUUCAGUCAGGUAUAUUUCAUUAAAGAACACAACAUUGUUGCACCAUAUAAAAUAGAAAGAGGCAAAAUGGAAUAUGUCUUUGAAUUGGAUGUUUCAGGGAAAGUGGAAGACGUUGUGGAGACGUUGCUUCAGCUUCACAGAGCAUCCUGCCUUGACAAACUAGGGGACCAGACUGCUAUGAUAACAGCUAUUUUGCAAUCACGUUUGGCUAGAACAUCAUUUGACAAAAACAGAUUCCAAAGUGUUUCUGAAAAGCUGCACAUGGAAUGCAAGGCAGAAAUGGUGACCCCUCUGGUGACAAAUCCUGGACACGUGUGCAUUACUGACACCAACCUGUACUUUCAGCCCCUCAAUGGGUACCCGAAACCUGUGGUCCAAAUAACACUCCACGAUGUCCGCCGCAUUUACAAACGGAGGCACGGCCUCAUGCCUUUGGGCUUAGAAGUGUUUUGCACAGAAGAUGAUCUGUGUUCGGAUAUCUACCUAAAGUUCUAUGACCCUCAAGAUAGAGAUGACCUCUAUUUUUAUAUCGCCACAUAUCUAGAGCACCACGUGGUGGAGCGCACAGCCGAGAGCUACAUGCUGCAGUGGCAGCGCGGGCACCUCUCCAACUACCAGUACCUGCUGCACCUCAACAACCUGGCCGACCGAAGCUGCAACGACCUGUCCCAGUACCCGGUGUUCCCGUGGGUUCUCCACGACUACUGCAGUUUAGAGCUGGAUUUGUCAAAUCCAGAAACCUUCCGGGAUCUUAGUAAGCCAGUAGGAGCCCUAAAUAAGGAGCGGCUGGAGAGACUACUGACGCGCUACCAGGAGAUGCCAGAACCAAAAUUCAUGUACGGCAGUCACUACUCCUCCCCGGGUUAUGUGCUGUUUUAUCUCGUUAGGAUUGCACCAGAGUAUAUGCUGUGCCUACAGAAUGGAAGAUUUGAUAAUGCAGAUAGAAUGUUCAACAGUAUUGCAGAAACUUGGAAAAACUGUUUGGAUGGUGCCACGGAUUUUAAAGAGUUGAUUCCAGAAUUCUAUGGUGAUGAUGUCAGCUUCUUAGUCAAUAAUCUGAAACUGGACUUGGGGAAGAGACAAGGAGGGCAGAUGGUGGAUGAUGUGGAACUUCCACCUUGGGCUCAGAGUCCCCAAGACUUUCUUCAGAAAAGCAAAGAUGCCCUGGAAAGCAAUUAUGUGUCAGAGCACCUUCAUGAGUGGAUUGACCUAAUAUUUGGCUACAAGCAAAAAGGAAGUGAGGCUGUUGGGGCAUAUAAUGUAUUUCAUCCCCUGACCUAUGAAGGAGGUGUAGACCUAAACAGCAUCGAAGACCCCGAUGAGAAAGUGGCCAUGCUAACCCAAAUCUUGGAAUUUGGGCAGACACCAAAACAGCUGUUUGUGACACCUCAUCCUCGAAGGAUCACUCCCAAGACUAAAAGCUCAUCCCAGACCUCCAGUUACAAUGCUUCCACAGCAGAUUCUCCAGUCUCUCCAGGUGAAGAGUCCUUUGAAGACCUGACUGAGGAAAGCAAAACACUGGCCUGGAAUAACAUCGCAAAACUGCAGUUGCAUGAGCAAUAUAAAAUCCACAAAGAGGCAGUUACUGGAAUAGCAGUCUCUUGCAAUGGAUCAUCAGUCUUUACCACCUCACAAGAUUCCACCUUGAAGAUGUUUUCUAAAGAAACCAAAAUGCUACAGAGAAGUAUAUCAUUUUCAAAUAUGGCCUUAUCAUCUUGUUUACUUUUACCAGGAGAUGCCACUGUCAUAAGUUCUUCAUGGGAUAAUAACGUCUAUUUUUAUUCCAUAGCAUUUGGAAGAUGCCAAGACACAUUAAUGGGACAUGAUGAUGCUGUUAGUAAGAUCUGUUGGCAUGACAACAGGCUGUAUUCUGCAUCGUGGGAUUCUACAGUGAAGGUGUGGUCUGGUGUUCCUGCAGAAAUGACAGGCACCAGAAGACACCAGUUUGACAUGCUGGCCGAGCUGGAACAUGAUGUCAGUGUAGACACAAUCAGUUUAAAUGCUGCAAGCACACUGUUGGUUUCAGGCACCAGAGAAGGCACGGUGACUAUUUGGGACCUCACGACAGCCACGGUACUGCACCAGAUUCCAUGCCAUUCAGGGAUUGUAUGUGAUACUGCUUUUAGCCCAGACAGUCGCCAUGUCCUCAGCACAGGAGAAGAUGGUGGUCUGAAUGUAAUAGAUGUGCAGACAGGAACGCUUAUCUCUUCUAUGACUUCAGACGAGCCUCAGAGGUGCUUUAUCUGGGAUGGAAAUACUGUUUUAUCCGGAAGUCAGUCUGGUGAACUUCUUGUUUGGGACCUUCUUGGAGGAAAAAUCAGUGAGAAAAUACAGGGCCAUAAAGGUGCUGUGACGUGUAUAUGGAUGAAUGAACAGUGUAGCAGUAUCAUCACAGGAGGGAAAGACAGACAAAUUAUGUUCUGGAAGUUGCAGUAUUAAGUGCCUUUUCUUCUCCUGAAUAUUAAAUUGAACUCUAUUUAAUGUAUUUUUAAACCAAACUUUUAAAUGAACUGGUGAAUUGAAUGUGCAAUGAUAAUAAUCGGAAGUGUUACCACAUAAGGAAUUUGUGGCUUUAAACUUUCUAAAGCAUGGUAACUUCACUGAAAACUAUUAGUUGCCAUCUUCUGAGGCAGUUACAUUUGCAAGGCCAGUGGUCAUCCCAGUGUGGUGAUGGUCAGAAGGCAGGUUUGAGUGGCAGAGAGUAGCCAGGAGAUAUUCAACUGACCUGGGGAAACGUUCAGAAAGCACUUAUCAAUACAGAAUUUUCCAAGAAAAUGUGCAGUAUACGAUACUAUUUCUGAGUCACUCAAUUUUGUCUUCAUGAUCUAUGCAAUUGCUGCCCAUUGGGUUUUUGGGUGUUUGUGUUUUCAUGGAGUGGUUACUUUCUAUAACCUACUGUCCCCAGAUUCUAAGAACCUGGGGAAGGAUUGAGUUCUUAUAACAGUUACUGUAUAUAGGAAUGGUUUAUUUCAUUGCAGCUAUUAAAUGUUCAUCUUUUCUAAACAUUAAAAGUAUUUUUCUGUAAUUAAGCCAGUUUUCAUUUUCUCAUUUAAAUAUACUAUAGAAACUAGUACCUUUUAAGAACUUCAAAUAUCAAUCCUCCUAGAAAACCAUAGUGAUAUGAAUGUUGUUCUUACACUUGGAACCAUCUUUGGACCCAAGUCCAGACAGCAAAGUAGAUAAUCAAACCAGGAAACUUCAUUUGGUUUGCUUUUGUAAAUUUCAAGUAAGGUAAGUUGUAAAGCGGUAGCACUAACUCUCUUUUCUGGACCAUAGUAAUGAUGUGACUUAAAAUUUUUCUAUACUCUAAAAGUAUAUCUUGUUAUAUCUUGUAAGCAGUAAUGGCAUAAGGAAAACACUUGAAUCAGACCAGGGUGAUAGAAUUUUCAGUUUUUCUCAGGUAUUGCUGGGGAGAAUUUACAGCCUCAAUGAGUUCCUGGUCCUCUGCCUGAGGAGUCAGAACCUGAGGAAUCAAGUUCACAGCUAGAAGCACUUUUCUCAACACUCCUACUCCCCUGCACUGAGGGCUUCUCCCAGGACCCCUUGGCAGCUGCUAUGGAGACGACUCUCCCACAGGUCCCAGGUGAAUUUCACAUACCUACUUUCUAGGUCGUGCACUAGUUUGGAGAAAGCCAUGGACAGUUUCCAAAUGAUGCAAUAGUAGACAGUCUGACUAAAUUUUAACUUUAUUUAUACAUAUUUAAUUGGAAUAAGUAUAAACCAAAAAAGAAGAAAAUCAGGAUAAAGUGUCAAUGCAAUUUGUUUACAGGGAGGAGUCAGGAGAUAGAAUUACCAGGACAACAUUGUAAGACCAUCCCAAAGUAGCUAGGUUACAUCAUGUUUAGAGUGAAAUGUCAAAAUUAGGCAUCAUCCUACUUAAUCUACAAUAAAAAAGGAAGUCAAAAGUUUAUUCUACUUAGUAUAAGAAUUUUUACACUAAAUAUACAAUGAUUCAUUUCUCAGAAAAUGAUACCAGUAACGUUGAGAAGUUGUUUCCAUUACACAAUGACUAGAAAAUCUCAAAUACAACAAAGCAGCUAUGCUAUAUAUAGCUCAGUAUACACCACUAAUUUGUUUUGGGCUAGUGUACAUUUCAGUUUAAUGCAGAACUGCAUUUUGGGUUUUAGAAAGGCAGCAAUAGUUAUAUUUUGGCUUUUAUACUAGAUGCUUAACAUAGUUAAGGCGACAGUUCAAGCAUAUUAAGUGAAGGUAGUUAAAAAUUUAAUGAUAAUGCAAUCUCUUGCAAUCUACAUACACUGUAUAAUGCUUACAUGGAAUGAAACCAGUGUUAUUUAAUUGGUGUUUUACAGACACACACUACACUCACACACACAGAACCAAGAG